GCGAGAAGCCGGCUGGGAGGAGGGGGGCAGAGGCGGGAGCACGCGGGCGAACGUCAUGGCCCCGGCGCGCCCGCCAUGCUGGUGAGGGCACCCGGGCGGCCUGCGCGAGCCGCAUACCAUCUGUAGAAGGGAUUAUGACGCCAUCUUAAGGCGCGGGAAAGGCCGGUUUGUCCUGCUCGUCUUAAGGCGCGGGAAAGGCCGGUUUGUCCUGCUCACAGCUUCGCGGAGCCGCCAGCUGUGGCUACAAACUGCAGGAAAGCGCCGGAGGUUCAGGCCCAGUGUUCCGUCUCCAAGAACGGAUGCUAGUCGGGGAAGGCGCCAUUGCGGUUUCUUUAUUCUUCAGUUUCCCGUCCGGCAAUGGGAAUAAUCUGUAAAUAGCUUUUUGACAAAAUAUCCGGAGUAUUUCCUCUCUCUCGCCUAAGCCUUUCAAGUGUUUGCCUCCACUUCUUGCUCAAUUGCUCAAUUAUCCGGCACCAGCAAUAUUUUGUACCACGUUUUUUCUGCAAAAGAGAACAUGGAAGCGCGCUUGCGCUAAAGCCUAGGGCUAGGAACGAAAGCGGAGAAUGCGCAUGUGUGUACACCAUACCGGGGGAAGAGAAUUGACAGUACGCAUGCGCUUUGCCCUUACCAAGGCGAAGAACGCGCGUGCGGCUCAGCGGGCCGCUCAUUCCGCCUGGGAAACAUUUGCGGCGCGCGAGCAUGCGCAGCCGGAAGCCUUGACUUUGGGCGAUGGAGCUGGAGGCAGCAGGAACGCGCAUCAACUGAGAGAAGCCCGGGAAGGCGCUCAAGCUCGGCUGCGCAUGCGCGCCUUGAAGCGAGCCGAAGGAAGCUGGUCCAGGCACAGUCGCCGCCAGCAGCGUUGGGAGCACCGCGCGCAUGCGCGGUGAGCGGGCUGGCCGCGGAGGGGCAUUACAAUGGAAGAGGAGGAGGUCGCCGAGAGCUGGGAGGAGGCGGCCGACAGCGGGGAAAUUGAUAGGCGGCUGGAAAAGAAACUGAAAAUCUCCCAGAAGGAAAGCAGGAAAUCCAAGUCCCCCCCCAAAGUGCCGAUCGUGAUUCAGGACGACAGCCUUCCCUCAGGGCCCCCUCCGCAGAUCCGGAUCUUAAAGCGGCCUACGAGCAACGGGGUGCUCAGCAACCCCAACGCAGCCAGCCGGCCGGCCUUCCCCGUGAAGUCGCUGGCCCAGCGGGAGGCGGAGUACGCGGAGGCCAGGAAGCGCAUCCUGGGCAGCGCCAGCCCAGAGGAGGAGCCCGACAAGCCCAUCCUCGACAGGCCCACGAGGAUCUCCCAGCCGGAGGAGGCCCGCCCACCCAGCAAUGUGAUCCGGCAGCCGCUCGGCCCGGAUGGCUCGCAGGGCUUCAGGCAGCGCAGAUAGGCCUGGCAGUUGGCGCGGACCGGCGGACCCACGCGGGGGGCAGGCCGGGGCGACACGCACUGUGAUCCUCUCUGCUCCGCCGCCUCCCGUCCUCGCGGGCCCCAUGCACUGUGACGGCCCCCGCUCUUCCCCCUGGGGUGGGCCUGCCGAGGGGGGCCGCCCGGAGCCGCCGUGAAGGGAGGGGAGCCGGGCAGGCGCCUCCCCAGGGAGCCGGCACCAAGCCUGCCUGCCCGGAUCCAGCACCAGCAGCAAUAAUCGCUUCCCCUGUGGGCUCCCCGGGCUCGGAAGCACCAGGCGGGCCCCCCAGACGCGCGCGCGCGCGCUUGUCCGUGCGGCUUCGGGAGCUGGGGGGUGGGGGCUGUGCACUCGUUUGCCUGUUUGCGUUUGGGGAGAGUCGGACGGCGCCGCAGCCACGUGCAUGGGAAGGAGGUGGGAGGGGGGCGACUUUAACGUGUUUCUCUGCGAAGUGGUAGUGGGUAGUUUGGGGGGAGCCGAGGAUGGCUUUGAAUGAGAUCGUGCGGACGGGGCCACUGAGGCCGCGCCUCCUGCUUGCUGCUGCUUCCACGCUGGUGGGGUGGCAGAGGGGCCCCCCAGGCCUGCUCCCCCUCCAGGCUUUUGCCUUGCCUUGAAGGCGCGAGCUGGUCCCUGUCCCGCCACUUCUGCCUCCGAGUCUAGGGCUUCGGGCAGUUCUCAGGUGUGGGGGGAGAGGGCUGCCGUGCGAUGGGAGGGGAGGCGGCCAGCGCCACCCUGGCUUGCCCGCGCUGCCUCUCGCCGGCCGCGAGGCCUGUGCCCCGAGGGCAGCUUUGCCUGCGCCACGCCGGGUCUGGGGUGGCACCAGAGGCCCAGCAGUGCUUGUGCUGGCCCAGCGGACAGUGAGUGGCAGCCAGGCUCUUGCCUUGCGCGCCGCGUGUGCGACGGCUUCUACUUCCGGCAAAUGGGCCACCAGCAGGCAAAGGCGUGGGCUGCAAGCUGCGUCCAGGCAGGCGGUUGAGCGAGGGAGCCCGGUUCCCCCUCACAGUUCGCAGUCAGUCUGGGAAAUGCGAGUCUCUGCGGGCCCUCAGUGGAGCAGCUGCCAGCCUGUGCUCUGCCUGCCUGCUCCAGACAGAAGCGGCCAGAGCGUCCCCCAGCCAUGAGAAGAAGGAGCAGCAGCCGGGCCCUUCCCAGGCAGUGGGGCAGAAUCCGCCCGAGGCGGAGGGCCCUCGCAUGCUGAAGAGGCCCGCUGUGCCAGCUCUGCUCCUGGGGGUGAAGCCAGCCGGGCCGCCCGCCCUCUCUUGCAGCCAUAUUUGUGGGGAAGGGGCUGUGCCCGCCCUCCCCAGUGACUGGGCUAGCUUGCUUCACUGUGUUCCCAGAGCCUGCCUUCUUGUCCUGCUGUCUGGCCUGGAGGGUGCAGGAGGGGUGCCGCAGGACACUGCGCCGAGGGCCGGGGCACCGCAGCGCCUCCUCUUGCGCGGAAGUGGAACCUUUGCCUACCGGCCAGGAGGGGAGUCUCUUUGUACAUCAACCUAAGAUGUGUGCAAACUAUUGCAAAAUAACUGGUCGAAAGAGUAAUAAUAAUAAAACUACCUGCGUACAAAAAGCAAAUCGUGAUGGACCCUGACUGUGUGCGUUUGCUCCCUCGUCUACCCUUGUCUCUCUCCUCUCUGCUUCUCGGAGUGAAGCCCUCUUGGGUUGCAGACGGCUUUGCCUCACAGCUCUUCCCUCCCUCUCUCCAACGCACGAUGGCCGGAUCUCUUCCACCAACUCUGUGCCCUCCAGUCGGCUACGUGGGCUGUGUAAUUGCCGGUCCUUUGAGGAGCGGGCCUCUUCAUCCGCGGGGCUGCGUUUGCAACACGCCUCUGGCUUGUUCAGGAGGUGGCGGGCAGUCGGAGGCCUUGGGUCCUCCGUGGGAAGGGAGUUGGGUGGGGAGAGUGAGCAAUAACGACAAGUCACCGCCUGCCUUUCUUUAAUUUUGCUUUAGAUUGGGUGGCCGGAAACGCCUCCUGCCACCGAUCAGACUAGGAGCAUCUCUCCCCUGCUCAGAACCCUACAUGCCGCUUCACACGAGCUAAUCGUCACUCCCGGCUUGUUGCUCCGGGGGAAAAGCUAAGCCUGCCCCCACUCAGCUUCCGGGGGACCGUUUAGGGGGUUGCCGUGGUGCCUCCCGCCUUUGCUUGCCUAACCACCAGGGGCACGCGGCCGGCUGCGGGCAGGAGGCGAUGGAGCCCCUGCCACGGUCUGCCAGUGAGGGGCCUCUGCCAAGCAGCGGGCUCCUCCUCGUGUGCCGAAGUCCGCGCGGAGAGAAGCGAGAGGCUUCCAAGUCUACUGAGGUACCUCCCUGUGUAUGCAGGUGCGGUUGGGGACGCAUUUCGGCAAGGCAAGCCUUGAGGCUUCCCCAGCCCACAAACAACUGACAUAAUGCAGAUAAACAUUUUAUACAUUGUAUUUUGAAUAAAUAUGUUAACUUUUAA